AGAGGUGAUGCAAGAUGGCGCAGGGUGUCGCGCCAUGGUCGCAGCUCCGGUGCUGUCGGUGGUAAGGGAUCAGUGAAAAAUGGCUGGUGCCAGCGACUGGUUUAGCAUCGGUAGCACGGUGGUAUGUAAGACAUGUCACGAGCAAGAAAUCGAGGGCGAGGUGUUGGCCUUCGAUCCACAGACAAAAAUGCUGAUACUCAAAUGUCCAUCGACGAGUGGUAGACCCUCGUUAAAUGAUGUACAUGUAGUAAAUUUAUCUCUCGUAUCCAACGUUCAAGUGAUACGAGAAGUUAGCGCAACUACGAACGAACCACCACAGAGCCUUAAUCUGCAAAGGCUAAACACAAGAGUCCGCAACCAGAUCGAGGAGAAGAAGAGGCUGGUUAUGGCUCUGCAGGCCGGAGUAUCUCCAGAGGGACAGAAAUUAUUUAUCGCUAUUUCAAAGACUAUUCAAGAUAUUACGUGGAACGGAGCGAAUAUCGUUGUAUUUGAUAACGUCACCAUCAGACCGCCGUACAAGGUUGACAACGUUCACGGGAACACGGAGUCUGGAGCGUAUAGACAUGUAAAAAAAGUGGUUGAGAAACACAUUAAAGAUACAGCGCAAGCUCAACAGCAACGGGAAUUACAACAGCAGACGCAAAAGGGAGCUGAACUACAAUAAAGGUCCAAAAAGGCACUACACUACAUGGAGGUCGUUAAGACACAUUCAGGAAGCUCCAUUUGACAAGAAAUAGGAAGGAGAAGUGAACGAGGCACCGAACAGAAGACCGUGGCAGCGCAAUUAGGCAAGCGCGCCUAUAGCAAAAAGAAUCAGAUAUCUUCGAACGAACCCUCUUCAGCUGCUUGUUUGUAUAAAAAAAAGAAUGAAGAAGAAGACAGCUAUAAAGUGCAAAUUUAAACACCGAAAUUUCACAUUCUGAUCCGAGUAUUGUUAAUAGUAUCGCAUGUGCAGCAUUUUAUAAAAUACAGUCGGACGUACAAUUCGUAAUUCUUAGUCGCCAGCCUAGAAAUUUAACUGCGUAAGUUCACGAAAAGCGAGCGGCAGUCGACUGAUUCGAGUGAACAACCGAAUUUGUUACAUAUAGCGCUGAUAUUAUGUCUGCGUGCGUGACACAUCAACGCGGAAUGUGCCGUAAUUUUCAGUUGAAAUAAGUUUUAACAGCGUGAUUUAAAAUCGAUUUUCAAAACUUAAGCCCGUAUGAAACGGCUCGAGCUUUUACGUGUAGCGUCUGUGUGCGAAGACACGUUAAGGCCAAAUCACACUAGCAAUUGAUAAUUGACGAUUGAAGAUUGGAACUUGACCAAUUGGAACAAAGCAAGCCAAGGCUGAAGCUCGUUGAUUCGUUAAAAUCUAAUCUUCAAUCGUCAAUCGCCAAUCGUUAGUGUGAUUUAACCUUUAGGACGCGUCGCGAAAUUGGAAUGAGACGCGCGCAGUUGUCGAUACCGCCAGAAUAGAUCGAGAACAAACAAAGUGAGACGGAGUGAAGUUAGGCUCAUAUUAAUAGUCUACUGGAAAUUUGCCUUACAUGAAAUACUCGGAUUUAAAUUUACAGCUUUGAAUUUUUCAAUUAAAUCGCACGAGGUAUGUCACAUUGUAUUUGUGAUUGAAUUGAAAAAGUCGUAUUUAAUUUUAAAUUCAAAUAUAUUUCACUCAAAACUUGUCUCAAGUAAGAUACUUAUGUCUAUAUUAAUAGUUGUCUCUUGAAAUUUGUGUAACUGAAUAUCUCAGAUGAAAUAUUCAGUUUUUCACUCAGAGUUAGAUCAAAAUUUUUCAAUUAUAUGAUAUAAAAUAAAAGUACCAAUUCCCGGACACAUAAUCCUGGAGAUUUUUGUUAGCUUAGUCUUUAAAUAUGAACAUUUAAACUUUCAAAAUUAUAUUAAAAAUUUAAAUAUUAUAUCAUAAAAGACCAAAAUAAUGAGAAUGUUUAGAGUUAGGAACAUGUCCGGAUAUUAAUACUUUUAUCUUUUGUGACAUCUGUAAUCACGAUUCAGCUGAAAAAAACUCAUCUGACUUUGAAUUUAGAUCUGAAUAUCUUACUUGAGGCAAAUCUUAAGUAACAGUUAUUAACAUAAAUCUAUAAUUUUAAUUCAGAGUUAGAUCAAUUUUUAUUGUUAAAUCCCGACUAGAGGUGCAAAUAUCACGUAUAUCGUAUAACUUAAUUGAAAAACCUGGAUUUAGCUCCGGAAAAAAUCGGAGUAUCUCAAGUUUUAGGUGACAGCUAUUAAUAUGUGUCUUAAACCAAAACACCAAAUAACACCAAAUUUAUAUUCUGAAUUACAAAGUUUUGUAAUUCGGCCGAUUGUAAGAUCACAUCCUAUCCUGUUUUGUUUUGUUGUAUGUACCUAGGUAGCAGACUUACGUAAGAAUGACGUCCAAAUCUGGCCAGUUCAUGAUCAAAAAUGACCAAAAAUGUCCUGAAAAUGUCGUCAAAAUGACGGUCUAAUGUCACAGAUCGAUGACGACAUUUUAAGACGACUUAAUGACGUUUUAAUGACAUCUCUAAAUGUCAAUAAUACGUCAUUAAGACGUUGUCAUUAAGACGUCACAAAAAAAAACGUCUUAAAGACGUCAUUAUUUAGUCACUUAACCAACUUGGUCAAUCGACCACUUAUGACCAGUUUUUUACAUCAUUUUGACGUGAGUCUGCUAUUUGGGAACGUUGUAAUUCGAGCGAAGAAUAGAUUUCUUUUAACGCA